UCUUCAGAAGACCUUAGUUUAGCUGUCAGGUGGUGGUGCGUCACGUCCUCUGCGAUAAGAUUACACUUGGUUCUUUGUAUAUAAGCCAGUGAGGGAGCCGAGAAGAUGCCAGGUUGUUGUGUAGCCAUCGCGGAGAACAUGCCGCCCAUAUGUGAGAACUGGGACGCGGGGGAGAGACGCAACUUCCUGGCCUCCGUGAUGUCCGGGAGCCUGUUUGCUCUGGGAUGGUGGUGCGUCAUUGAUGCCGCUGCCCAGUACCCAAAGAACGAAGACUUCAAUCACGCCUACCAUGUGUGUGGGGUUAUUGCCACCCUGGCCAUGCUCAUGGUGAACACAGUGAGCAAUGGACAAGUGCGUGGGGACAUGUACACUGACGGCUGCAUUGGGCCUUACGGGGCACGGAUCUGGCUCUUCCUUGGUCUCAUGCUCAGCUUUGGUUCUCUCAUUGGUGCCUGUUGGAUACUCUUUGGAGGCUAUGUCAUUCCAGGUGUCAACAUUCAGUGGCCUGGAGUUGCUAUCUUCCUGCAGAACAUGUUCAUUUUCUUCAGCUCCAUCAUAUACAAGAUUGGCCGUUCUGAGGAGAACUGGCAAUGAGGCAUCUUUUUCACUGUCAUAAGUUCACUCAGUGUUGUGUGUUCUUUAGUCAUAGGAAUUUUUUAUCAUCGGCUUUUACUUGUAGGGUGGAGUAACGGCUCCUAUGUAGGCUUUCAAUGUAGUGUGUUAUUUACCCAUAUAUUUAUGAUAUUCCCCACAGAUUUUUUUAUGGCUUAUUGAUUGGCAUCUGGGGUUGCAAUAGUGUAAAUAUCAUUCACCCAGUCCAAAUUUAUUGCCUAGUCAGAAUAAUUCCCUAUGUAGUUUUGUAUAAUCAUCUCAGACUGUCGUCAUAAUGAGCAUGAGCUCUUUGGGAAAUGGGACUUAGAGUGUGUGUAUUUUCUGUGUUGCUAAAGGUCACUCAAAGAACAACAGCUGUGCUGCAGGAACAUUUUGAUCCCAGAUGGUUUGAUUACCAUAGAACAUCAGUGGCCUUUUUAUUUGUUCUUUUAUCUUUUCCUAAUUUUUUUGGUAAGCACCCAGGGAAAGACAAGUUAUGUGCAAAAACUGUUCAAUCCUCUGCUGUAUUAAAUAUCAUUUAUAUGGGAUUUGAUCUACAAGACACUGGAGUCAGCUUGUAUCAACAUGUUUGGGAAAUCUGGAUCCUCAUUCUCAGCUAUCAACAUUUUUCGCUAAUGGACUAAGCAGUCUAAACUUUAUUGUUCCAUUCAUACUUUAUUCCUGUUACCCAAAUUUUUUUUUUAAAUGUCACUAAAUUAUAGCAGUUACUGGUGAAAAUAGAAAAUAACACUUUCUAUGUUCCAAGGGACACUUGAUUUGUUAGGUACACUUGACGCCUUACUCUGUUGGAUUGCUAACCAGUGAUAUUAACAUGUUAUUAUGUUUUUACCUAGUUUGAAGGUAGAUAAUUAAUGAAUGGAAGAAGUUUAUAUCAACUCCAUAUUUAUAAACAAUGGAAAAAAACUUCAAGGCAAUAUUGUCUGUUGUAAUUUACCUAUUUGCAAGAUACUUAUAUAAUUUAUUCUCUCAACUAUUAUGUUGUAGGUGCAUAGCUGUAUAUUUUUCAUACCAUUUUAAAAACUGUAAGCUUUCCAUUAACAUAAUAAUGAUA